AUGAAUUCGUGGGCGAACCUACAAAACCCACCCAGAGAAGCUCUACAACAGGAGAUCCCAAUCGAUCCGCGUCUCCGUUUGAACCCGAAUCAGGAAGAAAGUCCGUCGCGUGUAACUCAGUGGGUCCAUCCAAAUGUUGUCAAUGCUUUGCGUGAGAUGUCAACCGAUCCUUACCGCCAUCAACCAUCCAAUCAGCCCGCGACCCCACAGCAAAAGCCGCAAAAUGUGAGCACCUGGGCGAAUCAACAAAAUCAACCCACUUCAUCAACACCAACUAAUCUAUUCUAUCAACAAAAUGGACCAUUUGAUAUGCAAUCAGAUCCACGCAAACGACCACCACCCAGCCAACCCGAGAAUCCAUCGACUGUCAAACGUGAUCGAAUCGAACGACCAUCGAGCAAACUUAUACUGCUGAAUAUACCUGAUUAUUUGGACAGGCAAAAGAUUGAGACGGCCUUCGCCGAUUUCGUCAGCAAUCCCAAGGUCUUCGUCGUGACACGAGAAGAUAUGGGUGACAAAUGCAGUUUCGCCUACGUCGAUUUGGGCUCACCGGCUUUGGUUCGACGAUGGAUGGAGACUUUUGAGGGUCAUCUCGUUUUGCCUAACAAAGUCGUCAUUGCUGUGGAAGCUGCCCGUGCGGUGCCUGAUACGUUGACAUGGACUUGUGCUGCGUGCUCCACGACGCAGUCAAUGUCGAAUGCUUUCUGCGAGCGGUGUUCGGUGAUUCGAGAGGAAAGCGAGGAUAUGAUUGCAAGGGGAGCAACGUUGAUUGGAUCGACUCCAACUGAUACUCUUCUGCUUCGAUGUCUACCAAAAGGAGUCACUGGACCAAGGAUUGCUGAGGGUCUAUCCCGCGUGUCUCAACUUGUGCCGAUCGUUCAUAUUCACCUUGGGAAGAGUCGACGCUUCGCUUUUGUGCAAAUGAGUGCUCUUGAUCACGCCGAGUUGCUGAUGGUUUCGUUUCAACAAGCGCCACUCAUUUUGGAUGGACAACGAGUAUUGGUCUCCUACUCGCGCCUCUCAUUUCCCGAAUGGAAAGCCCAGCAGAAUCGGCAAACGGCUUCAGUGAAAUCGCCACAAUCGAAGCCGACAAACAUUGUGAAUGUGCAAGAGGGUGUGGCGAACAACUUGCUAGCAAGUACACAAAUUGUCCAGGACCUCUCCAGACCACCGCCAAUGCUCUUGCCGCAAGCCAUGCAAACGUUUGCCGCUCCCACUGGUUUUGACGCCUCCAGACCGCCGCCGAUGAUCAUCCAGGGAGCUGGGAAUUUGUCCUUUGGAACGCCGAUCAUCUUGGCUCCAGGCACCUUCCCGCAACCAGGCCUCCCACUCAUCAUCCAACAACCAGGCCAACUUCCACAAACAAUCACGGUCGCAUUGCCCACCACAUCACAGCCAUUAUUGACGGGGGUCCCAUUGCAGACGUCUUCCUUGGCGACAAUCGUUCAACCAGCAACAACAAUGGCGGCUGCUCAACCGUUGGGCCCACCUGGUGGAGUGAUUGGGGAAAUCGAUACGCCGUUCGGAACGUUUCCUCAAUAUAUUGCCCCAAAUAUCCCGAGUUUUGCCGACGAUCCCACGUCCGGCUACAAGGUGGAUAUGGUGACAAUGUUCUACUUUGAUCCGAAGACGAAUUAUCACUACUCGAACACGUUGAAGCAAUGGUGUAUUUGGGAACCAAUGUACGCCACGUAUAUCCCAGUUGAUAAAAAGAAAGAAAUGGCGGAAAACAAGGAAAAGGCCGAUUCUACGACGAGUGAAGAGCCAAAGAAAUCUGGUCAAGAUAUCGCUCGCGAGAUGAUGAAAUGGGCACUGAAAAGGGAAAAAGAGAAAACAAAGAUCAGUUUGACGUUGAAGAAGGACGAAACAGCGCCGAAUCGUGUUGCAAAUCCGACACAAGAUUUAGGACUUCGUGUUCUCGAGAAAAUGCAGAAUCCACUACGACACCUGGACAGGGAAAGCAGUGAAGAUGAAGAGUCGGCGAUGAUGGAACAAAAGAAGAGACGGAGUAGAUGGGGUUCCGGAGCUAAAACAUCGACCUCUCGCUCCACGCCACCUCCAGCAAACAUUACCGAACCUGAGCUGAAUCGAGACGGUCCCACCGCUCAACAACAACGAGAAGAAAUGGAAAGGAAUCUGAUUGAUCGACCAAACAAGACAUGUCUCCUGUGUCGUCGCGCUUUCGCCUCAUUGGACGUCUUGGAUAAACACGUCGAGCGAUCCGAUCUCCACAAAACGAAUCUCGAAAUGAAACGUGUCGAGUGGGGAAAAGCGUAUGUGGCACAAAUGAUGGCAGCAAUGGCAAAUGAG